GUAACCCAAAAUACAGUGGGUAUUUUUGAACAUGUGCAUGGAGGAAUGAUUGAGCAAUGUAUUACUUGCAUUCAAGCAAAUGAUGGAAAUUUUGAAUACCUUUUGUAAAUAUGAUCAGUUGCAAAUGUUUUAAAUUACAGAAUAAUUGUCCUCACUGUAGCCAAGCAAAAGGCAUUCUUAUCUUGUGUUUCUUUCCUUUUGUUCCUUCCUUUUUUGAUUACAGGCAUUAUUGUGUAAAGAAAGCAUAGGUCAUUUAUUGGUAACGACACAAAUCGGAAACUUAUAUUUGUUUUACAGUACUUUGCAAUAAACCAGCGAAGACUGUGUGACUGGUAAAUAAAAAAAUAAAUUUUGCCUCAAUGUACACACAUAAUUGUCAUAAUGCAGUGAGAAAAAUAUUGCCUGUCAGACACAAGACUCGAACCCCAAGCCCCAUGCACUAAAGUCAUGCACAUAGGCCAGGAGCCGCACCAACAUGAACACUCGACUUGACUGGUAAAAUAAGGUAUGCAACUGCUGUUUGUGCCGUAAGGUAUGUCAUCUGGCAAUAUCACAUGCUCAACAUUUGUCUUCCACUUUUGGAGAUUUCCUGACAUUUGUGGCCUGUGUGUCUUACGUUGAAUUACUUAUCUCGGUGUCAUGUACAUCACUUUGGAGGUAUCCAAACAUUAAUAAGAAUCACCCUCUAUUUCCAUCAUGAGUGGUGUUCUGAAGCAUCUGUUCCAAGUAGUUUUCAUAGAAAGCAUUUAGUAACAUUUCACAGGAUGCCUUGUCAUGCCCACCACUAACAAAACUGUAAUUUUCUCAAUUGAUUGAUGAAUGAUUAAAGCCUGCACCAAUGAUUACAGUAUGCUUGAGGGACCUGCUUACAAGCACACUUGGUUUUCUGUAAAGUUUUUGGUUGCAUCAGGAAGUGAGACUGGUGGUUGAUAGAAGGAUCCAGUUACAGUUUUAUGGCCACUGCUGAUACUGAGUCUUGAACAAACAAUCUCACAUGCAGCUUUUAUUUCUAUGUUGGUAGAUUCUGUCUCUUACCUAUUGCGACAAAUAUAUUGCCUCCAUUUUCCAUUAGCCUAUCCUUUCGACAUACACUUAAAUUUUCCCCAAAAAUUCCACAGCUACCAGCUUUAGGUUUUAAACAGCUUUAUGUGCCUAGUGAGCUUUGCUACUUUUCAGGACCACCUCAAACUCUUGGAAUUUUGUUGUGAAUACUUCGGCAGUUAACUACUGAGAUUUUAAUACUGUUGCCUGCGGGAGAGGGGCAUUCCUUCAGGUCUUACUCUCAAUAAUCCUGUGUCUCCUACAGCUUUCAUCAUCUGACCAUAUGGAGAGUAGCGUACUCCUUGCGUCCACUCCACACACACAGUCAGUUACCUGGGCAGCAGUCCCUGAUGUGUAGUGCACACCCAACUCAUUUAGGAGGAUCCUACAGUUCUCAGCCAUAUGGCGCAAGUCUUGGGAGUCGCAGCCUGCGCAAGACUGGUGUUCUCAGGCUUAUCUGCUAAUCACUGGAAUGAUCCAACAAUGACCUUGGAGUACAAACAACAGGCAUUACUUGUUCCAAUGUGUGUCAGUCUGCAGUUGAUUGCUGUUCCUUCAACGGCUGCUGAAACAGCCUCUUCAGCGUUUUGACUGAGGCCUCCAGGCAUACACACUGGGUGCACCGGGUGUUGCUUUCUGUUCCUUGCUGCCAUUUCUCUCGGGAAUACCAUUAUUUGCUAUACAUUUGAAUGGCCGACGAUUAAUGGAUUUUCUUGCUCUUGACCCAAGACAAAGCAGGUUUCCCAACAGGUGAAGUGAGUCCCACUGAGUUAGUUUCAGAUCGGUAUAACACCCUCAGUCCUCACAGUUUCUGUCCACCCUGUGGAGGAUGCUUCUACUUGCAUACCACACAGUCACGUGGAUGAGUAAUGACAGAUCCCAAUCUUCCUGCAAAGGAGACAGGAUCUGCAGGAGAGGAUAGUACACGAGGUACCUCUGGUAAAUUGACUCCUGUGAGCUGUCCCAACAUACCAGUUUGCAGCAGCUGCCAAUCAUUUGACAGUAGUAAGAGCAAUUUCCAUCUGCUUACAAAUAUCAGCUAACUCAUCACAUGUUCGAGCAUGGCAUUCAGUGAGCCUGCAUUGUGGAUGGUGCAGUGUUUUCCAGGACACUGGGCCAUUCUUUGUUUUGGGAUGAUAACACCAGUGAUAAGAGUACUUCAGGUGGGACCAAUGACUUAUGGUCGUGCCUGUCAUCUACAGAGAAUACUGGCAAAAGAACACAUAAAUGGCAACCCUCAGCUUGCUGGUACAUUAAUUCUUGUUGAACAUCCACCAGUGUAUACCAUUGGCAUCCGGAAGAGGGAAGAGUAUGCUCAAGAUCAGUCACGUCUCUGUGCACUGGGUGCAGAAUUCCAUGUAGUGGAUCGUGGAGGCUUGGUUACAUUUCAUGGACCAGGUCAGAUGGUAGCUUAUCCUGUGCUUAAUCUCCGCUUUUGGAAAGGAGGUUUACGAUCAUAUGUGUCUAGGUUGGAGAAUACUGUAAUACACACAAUCAGUAAUGGAUUUGCACUACAAAAUGUCGAAGCGAGGCCUGCACCAUACACUGGCGUCUGGCUUGGUAACGCAAAAAUUUGUGCUAUUGGGGUACGAGCAAGUCGUCAAGUUACAACACAUGGACUAGCACUCAAUUGCUGUGUAGAUUUGGAUUGGUUUAAGCAUAUCAUUCCUUGUGGACUUGAAGGCUGUGAAGUAACCUCAUUAUCUCAACAGUUAAAACGAAGAGUUGAGAUUGAGGAAGUGGUACCUUAUUUCCUUACUGCUUUUGCUACUGUCUUUCAAUGCCAUCUUGCAGAUUAUCCUGCAGCAGAGAAACAGAAACUAUAUGUAGAAAUGUGAAAGAACUGACCUUAUGUUGUGAAACUCGUGCUUUGUAUUAAUAAAAAUAAAUGAGAAAUGUGUUGUUCUCCCACCUGCUUGCCGUGGGAGGGGAAUAAUUCUUCAUUGGUCUCCCCUGGGAUGCAAAAUAUGUGAUGGAGAUCAAAUGAAUGAUCUUGUCUGUUAUGUAAUGUGUGAGGUUUUUGCAACAUUUAUUUUCCAUACAGUCAACUGUUUUGUUUUGAUAGAAUACAUAAAGAUUUAUUUUGUAAUCACUUGUGUAUAAAUUGGCUGAAAAUGUAAUUUCCUUGUAUUACCAAGUUUCCAACAUUAAGCAAGAAAUGAGAAACCAAUAUGAGCAUAAUCUGUGAUGAAAUAUCUGAAGUAGAAGGAAAGAAUACUACCUGAUUCUUUAGCAACUUACUGAGAUCUGAAGAAAGAUGUGCUCAGCAUAUAAAAUAACUGUUGAACACUGUGUAGGCUUAUAAACAAGGUGCUAAUGACAGUAAAACAGCUUGCAUUUUUCUACAUUUACUAUUUUUCAUUUUUGGUCGCAGUCUGCAUCCUGUGAUUUUUCAGGACUUGUUUGUUAUUUGGACUUGGUUAUUUGAAUCUGUACUUUUAGUCCAUGGUUAUUGCCAAAUGCUCUCCAGCAUCUUGUUCAGCUCCUAACCCCUGGUUUCAGGUUGUUUUUCCUGUGUUUCAGUACCUGUACAUCUUAUCCUAUUAUUUAACAGAAGAGGUGCCUAGUAAUCAGCUGGAGACAGAAUAAUGCUUAGCUUUUAGGAAAAAAAAUCCCUCAGAGUACUCUCUCUUUUUUAUCGAAAGGGAUUGUUAAGGUACGAAUGCUAGCAGUUUAGCUGUGGCAUUUUAAAUUUGCUAUUUUAAUGAUUAAUAAGUAGAAACACAUUCUAUAUUGAAACUUGAAACUUCCUGGCAGAUUAAAACUAUGUGCCAGACCAAGACUCCAACUCGGGACCUUUGCCUUUCGCAGGCAAGGGCUCUACCAUCUGAGCUAUGCAGGCACAACUCGCGCCCCGUCCUCACAGCUUUACUUCCACCAGUCUCUUACCUUCCAAACAUUCUGUAUUCUCCAUCAACUAAUUAUGUAUAUGAGAUGGCUACUCAUCAAACAGAAGAGGCGUUAAUCAGUAGACAGGCAUGUAAAAGGAUAUGAACAAGUGCAUUUUUAGUUUUUCAUGGGGUAAUGAAUAAUCCAUUAUACGGGGUGUUUGAAAAAGAAUGACCUGAUUUUGGACAGUAAUAAUUACAAUACAUGGGAUGUGUCAGCAAGGAAAUGUGUGUUGUUUGAAUGGGCAUGGCCUAGAGUUUCAGAAAAUUGGCAUUAGAUGUCGGUCAGUGCAUUGUCUCAGUUUGCAGUCAGUCAGAAGAAAGACGGUGUCCACUCAAUGGAAGGUGUUUUGCUUGCUGAAGUUUGCAAAGAGUGAGUCAUUGAUCUCAGUCCAGCUUGCUUUUUGUCAGCAUUUUGGCAUUGAUCCACCUGCACCCAAAAAAAUUCAUAGGUGGUAUCGCCAAUUUGAAGAGGCAGGAUGCUUGUGCAACAGUAAGAAUCCAAAUUGACCUUACAUUUCUGAUGACAUGUAGGAAAAAUUCUGCAAAUGUUUGAGGGUAGUCCUCGAAAGUCUACUCGCCAUGCAAGCAGAGGACUAGCAACACCUCAUAUGACUGUCUGGCGAGCGUUAAGAUGUCAUUUGGUCUACAAACCAUGCAGACUGCAAUUGGGCAAGACCCUCGGUUUGGUGCUAAAAGGAAACAGGUUGACUUCAACAGUGCUCUGCUAGAGGACAUGUAGGAUGAUACAGUUUCUGCCAUGGUUAAUUUUCAGUGAUGAAGCAACAUUUUGUGUCAGCGAUAAAGUAAACUGACAUAACAUGCACAUAUGGGGACCCCAGAACCCUCAUGACAUUAUUGAACACAAAAGAGACUCACCUAAAAUGAACUUUUUUUUCCAUU